UUAUUAAAAAAUAAACGAUAUAUACAAUGAUAAUUGAAGAAUAGGGAGCUAUCGCAGACUAGAAUAAUGCAUAUACUUCCAGUGUCAUUUGCUCUAUUAUCUUAUACCGGUUAUUGGCGACCAGUGCAUUUUCCUGUCAAUUCAUUGAAAUAUUGGAUGUACAAUACUUAUUCGGUUUUUAUGUUUAUUUUACUGCAGUCGUUCGUGUUUUAUGGUAUAGUUGACACUUUUGUUUUAUCGGCGAGCCUGGACGAAUUCAUAGACAAAUGUUAUCUAUUUCUUUCGGUCUUCGGCGUUUCCUGCAAAAUUGUGCAUCUUUUUAUACGUCGUGAAAAGAUUAUUAAUCUGGACAUGAUGCUGUUGAAAGACAAUUGUAUUCCCAGAGAUAUAGAAGAGAUACUGAUAAAAAAGAAAUUUGAUCGACACGCUAGACAGCUUACAAUCCUCUGCGAGAUCCUUAAUGAAUCCUGCGCAAUAUUCGCGACUUUUGCGCAAUUUCAUACAUUUUUGAAGACGCGCAGUUUGCCUGUGUACAAUUGGGCGCCUUUUGAUCUAUCAUCAAUAUAUGUCUUCUUGCCUAUGUUGAUAUUCCAAUGCGUGACUUUGAUGUUAUGCGCAAAUUCCAGUGUCGCACACGAAACUCUAAUUUCCGGUAUGAUGAUCCAGAUCUGCGCUCAAUUCGAAAUUCUGUGUCAUCGCGCUCAUAUGUUACCGACGUUGUUAAUGGAAGCGGAGAAGAAUAGUAAAUCAGACGAAGAUCUGGUAGUACGCGAGAAGACCAUCAUUCGCGAUCUGAUAUAUCAUCAUUUAUAUGUGUAUAAAUUUGCGUACAUGGUCAAUGCAACUUUUACAAUGAUGAUAUUCGUCCAAUUUUCCUUCAUCUCUUUAGUUCUCUGCAUGAGCAUUUACAAACUGUCUGCAAUGAAGUCAUUAUUUACCCUGGACUUUGCAUACACAUUUUCUUAUUUGUGCUCUAUGCUCACGCAAAUAUUUCUUUAUUGCUGGUAUGGCAACGAGGUGUCAUUAAAGAGUAUCGAUGUUAGCACUGCUAUUUAUGAGAUGGAUUGGACGACAUUAAGAAUCCGAGUAAUGAAAGAUCUUAUGAUUAUAAUGAUGCGUGCUAGCAAACCUGUUAAAAUAUCAAGUGGUUACAUAGUUACUUUAAGCACCGAAUCUUUUAUGAGCAUUCUCAAACUAUCCUAUUCGGCGUAUAAUUUCUUAAAAGACUCUUAAAUGGAACGAAAAUACCAGGAAUGCACAAAAUUUCAUGUAAUGAGAUUUCUUCAUGUAUAUUGUCUAUUUAAAUAAUGAUCGUGUG